ACAGUCUGACAUCCAGAGCUAGCCAGGCCUGUCGGAAUCAGUGUGUGGGUUGCUGUCGCCGGCGGCGAUGUCGACGGCUGCAGCCACCACCCUGACCUCCUCCCCCUUCGCGCGGCCUCGCGGCAGGAGAAUGGUGCGGCCGCAUGCCUCGGUGUCAGAGGCGUUCCACCCGGAGGUGUCCCGGGCGGUGGAGUCGCUGCAGGCGGAGUUCCGGGAGGUGGACAGCGCCAUCGCCCUCAACUCCUCCCGCGUCUCCGCCGCAUUCCGCCGUGCUCGCGUCGCCCCCCACCACUUUGGUGGGUCGACGGGGUACGGCCACGACGACGCCGGCGGCCGGGAGGCGCUCGACUCCGUCUUCGCCCACGUCGUCGGCGCCGAGGCCGCCAUCGUGCGUCCCCAAUUCUUCUCCGGCACGCACGCCAUCGCCUGCGCCCUCUUCGCGCUCUUGCGUCCUGGACACGAGCUCUUGGCGGUCGCCGGGCCUCCCUACGACACCUUGGAGGAGGUCAUUGGGAUCAGGGGGUCGGCCAACGUAGGAUCGCUCAAGGACUUCGGAGUGACCUACCGAGAAGUUCCACUCGCAGAAGAUGGCGGCCUUGACUGGGACGUGCUUGCGGAUGCCAUCAGACCGGAGACUGGAUGCGCGCUCAUACAGAGGUCCUGCGGCUACUCGUGGCGCAAGAGCCAGAGUGUAGCUGAUAUCCGUAGAGCCAUAGAGUUGAUCAAGAUGCAAAAUCCAAACUGCAAGGUCAUGGUGGACAACUGCUAUGGUGAAUUCGUUGAGACAUCGGAGCCUCCAAUGGUGGGAGCAGAUUUGAUCGCCGGUAGCCUGAUAAAGAACCCUGGAGGUACUAUCGCGCCUUGUGGUGGUUAUGUUGCCGGGAAGAAAGAUUUGGUUGCAGCUGCUGCGGCUCGCCUAUCUGCGCCUGGUCUUGGGGUGGAGUUCGGUUCGGCACCUGGCCAUGUUAUGCGAGCGCUCUUUCAGGGCUUGUUUCUUGCUCCGCAAAUGGUUGGAGAGGCAGUAAAAGGUGGUUUGCUGAUUGCAGAGGUCAUGUCAGCCAAGGGCUAUAGAGUUCAACCACUUCCGAGGGUUCCGCGGCAUGAUAUUGUCCAGGCAGUAGAGCUUGGCAACAGGGAGAGACUCAUAGCGUUUUGUGAAGUUGUUCAACAAACUUGCCCAGUAGGAUCGUUUAUUAAGCCAACUGCUGGGGAAACUCCUGGUUAUGCUUCAGAGGUCAUUUUUGCGGACGGGACGUUCAUGGAUGGAAGCACAAGUGAGCUGUCGUGUGAUGGGCCCUUAAGAGACCCAUACGCUGUGUUCUGUCAGGGAGGAACACAUUGGACACAGUGGGCUCUUGUCCUGGGUGAAGUUCUGAAGGUCAUAUAGCCAGAACACUUCCCAUUUUCAGAAUGGCCCCCCUCUUCGCUAGCUAUAACUGAUUGGUCAGUGCUUGUUGAUUGAAGUGGGAAUCAUCAGGAACCAGCAUACUCAUAAAUUCUUUUGGUUGAACCGACCAAGGAUUUAAAACAACAGAGACAUUUCAAAGCUGUUAAGAGUUCAGCAGGCUCCACUCAUUGAUUGUGAGCAUAACUUCAAGCCAGAGCCUCAUUUGCAUAGCUUCUGAAAUCAACUUGCCAGUUCAUUAGGAUACCACUUUGAACAGUAGGAUGAGUUAGAAAUGCUUUGUAAUUGAUGUACUAUAUACCAGCUGUAUGAGUUUGCCAAUUCAAGGAGACAGAUGACUGCCACAACACUUCAUUUUGGAAGA